GUUUUUCACCAAACAAAACUUGCCUCCCUUUGGGGCAGAUAUCUUGUCCAUAACGUCGCAAUCCGUUUGAUGUGUCUUUUGAGUAGUCAAACUAUGGCCCUUUCAAUCCGGAAAGAUGCCUCCUCGUCUCAAAUGGACUCUGGAUACCUUACCGCGAGAGCUCUUAGUCAACAUCUGCGAGAUUCUGUACUAUGACGAUCGCGCUCCAAGUCUCGCCUCAUUCUCUGCAGUCAACAAGACAUGCCGUGACGCUGCCAUCGGCAUCUUGGUCCGCAAUAUCGAUUUUAUCAUUGACGAUGACGAGUUUCCAGGCGCCUGGCACACCCUGCACCUCAAUACUCUGAGUUGCGAACUAAUGCUUCGCAAAAACGAUCUCUUGUCUCAAGUCCGCCAGAUCUCCAUCUGGGGCGAGCCACCGACACCCGGAAAGGACUAUGCGAACGUCCCUUACUUGACAGAGAACCGUUAUGAUCCACGUCAGUCCGGAUGGAAACAAGGUCGCAUGUUUGCCGCCGAGGUGGCCGAAGACGACGCAAGAAAGAUGGACGACUGGAACCCAGUGGGUACGCGUAACUAUUGGGAAGAAUAUGCCAACUGCCAGUGGACCUACGAUAGUAGUUCGGCUUGGUCACCAAUGGCCAGGCUCAUCAAAGAACUGUCGAACUUGAGUGACAUCCUCUUCACAUGUCCUACUCAAUUCCCUCCCUCACUGUUCGCCACCUUGAAACAAUACCAUCCUAGAUGCAGAAUUCAUCUAUCCACUUUCAACCUACUCUCGCUACGGGAUUCACGUCCUGACAAAUACGAACUUGACCUUGUGCAUUCUCCAAACCUUUACAGCAUCGACUGCUCGCAUUUUCAUAUUUAUCCGGCUGUGAACCAGCUCAAUACGACCGUAAUGCGGAUGCUUACUAGGACGGCACCAGGGCUACAGGAAGUGCGCAUCGCAUACGAGUCUGAUCAGGACUCCCCCUAUGAGCUACAUGAGGCUUCCUGGAGCGGCGCGAAGGGUUUAGAUUCAUGCUUUCCGCAACACCGCAAGUCAUUGCGAACUUUCCACUUAAAAUGGGAUUCGGAGUUGUCAGACUACAGCCUUCAUCAGAAAUGAGGUCGCUUCAUUGACUUUGACGCUCUACGAGUCCUCAGACUGCCAGAACCUCUGGGCCCACAGGGGCUCGAACUCUUGGACGCCUGCUCAUUUCCAUUCCUCAAGAACCUGGUCUUGAACAUCUUCGACUUGUCUUCGAUGGACGACCCGGGAUACGAGCGAGAGAGACUGAUCACGCGGUUUAUCGAUCGACGCACGAAGCUCUGGACGCUGGAGGUGACUGGCUGGAACAGCUUUCAUCUUGGAAAACUGUUCAGCCCGUCUUGCAGC